AUGGAAGCUGUUUUUGAGUUUUUGUUCAAGGCUAUGCGCCACUCUACCGCCGAUGAGCCUAUUCAAUACGUACCUGAAUGCAAACCAGUAUGCGAGGUCCAAGAGAAUAAGAGGGGCAUCAAUGCUGUAGCGAUCGAAUCCUUGAAGCGAGAACCCACAUUCCACCGCUACCUCGAACUUCCAAUGGAGCUGCGUCUCAGCAUCUGGGCCAUUGCACUUCCACACGCGGAUAAGAAAGUAGAAGUUCAUAAAGCUGUCAGGGCACGCAACGACCCUCGCAAACGAUCUUUCCUACCUAAAAUAUGCUUUGUCUCGAAAAGGACGUCUGAAGAAACCGUUGCUAGUUUCAUUAAGAACUCAAAGUUUCUGCUCUGCCUACCCGUCGACUGCCGAUUCUUCAUGAACUUCCUAGCCGCCUUACCAGGUCGUUUUAGGCUCGUCCGCGAGUUACAUUUUGACAUCUCCUUCCUUCGUGGUUCCACAUCUCUCCCGCGAGCCAACCUGUUCCCGGGACUACGUGUUAUUCACCUCGGUAUCAGGAACUAUGACCUUGAACGCCUAAGAGGGGCAAAUCCAACAGUAAAGAGGCUUCACCAGGUUCCUGCCGAGAUGUGCUUUGGAGUUGUUUAA